GCGCGCAUGUGUGGCUGUGUUGUCGCGGCGCGCGGACUCGCGGCGCGCUCUCUCUGUUUACCGCGCGGUACUACAGCCGGUGCGCGUGUCUCGUGCUAAUCGAAUUUUCCGGCGGAGGUAGUUGCAGCGGCGUUUCAUGGUGUUAUCCCUUGUUAUCGGUGUUAAUUCAUGCUGAUGAUAUUCGAGUUAACGAUCGGAAACGAGCGUACCUAUUUCAGGCGCGAGACAUAAAAAUUAUAGUUGUUUUCGGCGGAUGCGAUGAAUAAAUUUUGCAAAUCGAGUCUGUGUGUCGAAAAGAAGGUUCGUGAGCGCUAUGUUUUGAACGGGCGGCGUGUUGUGGCCGUGCCGGGUGGCGUGGAUGCGAUCCGGCUGCCUCAGGACUUCUCGGACUCUACGACACUAACGUGCCACCGACCGGUCUGCGGUCUGGAGUUGUCGGUCCGGACCGAGGAAGACUCGCCGCCUGCUCUCCGAGUCGACACGUGCUAAGAUAGAACAAAACCGCCACCUACGUUACCCUCCCGUGAAGACUUCCGACAGUGAGACUUUUCAAGUGCCAUUUUGAACCAGUUUACCAUACAGUGAUAUUUAGCUAUAGCGCUAGCACUGGCUAGCUAGGUGUAGUGAUAGACAUAGGCGAGGUGCUGAUAGUAUUUAGUGUUUAAAAGUGACCAAAAAAGCUACGAAGCUGGCUCCGUACAAGGAUAUAUUAAACUCAUCUAGUAUGAGCUCGGCUGUGCCAAGUAUCAAGUGUGAGGAGUCGCCGUCACCGAGCGCGCCCCUCGGGGCUGAAGGGGAGACGGAGGGAGCGGGCUUCAAGAUGAGCAUCAACGUGAACCUCAGCACUGCCAUGAUGAACCUCCUGGCUGCGGACAACGUGGGCCCCGCGCUGCGAACGCCGGAGAUCGUCAACGACGUCAUCACCAUGACCAACCCCCUAGACCAGUACAACUACAAUGACAAAAGUUCCACCUUCAAAGGCGGAAGCGGAAACGACUCAAACUCUUCGAUGUCUAACGGCUCGUCCGCCACUUCACCGGCUUCUGGUACCCCACCAAGCAUACAAAAGACGUGUUCGGAUCUGAUCAAGGCCGGGUUGAAGUUGUCAAUCGAGUCGAAGCGCAAGAUGUCCGGCAGUGAUACUGACGGUGGCCUCAAGCGCUUCAAGAAGGAGGACAGCGAUGACGACUACGAUAGCAGUCAUACGCACACCGUCAAAAACGAAGGGCUGACCCCGGAAGACGAGGAGCGCAGGCGACGCAGAAGAGAACGGAAUAAAAUUGCGGCGACGAAGUGCAGGAUGAAGAAACGAGAGCGCACCGUCAACCUUGUCACUGAGAGCGAAGUUCUGGAGAACCAAAACCAAGAUCUCAAAGCGCAGCUAAAGGAUUUAGAAGUUCAAAAACGGCAACUCAUCGACAUGUUAUCGCUGCACGCGGGCUCGUGCGUCAAAAACAACUCCAAUACAAGGACUUCCCCAUCGACGCCGUACAACAUGCUGCGUACAUACGAACCUCAGACAUUCCCCGCGAAUUUUGAAGCGCAGUCGCCUUACAUCAGACCCGAAUCCGCCAACAUUCUCGCAUCCAGCUACACCUGUGUCACACCACUCAAUGGAGACUCCUCUAUAGACACAAUCUCCUCACUCGACAACACGUACAUUACACAACAAGUCAUAGACGUAGACUUCAACCGGCCAGACAGUGUUCUUAGUCUUCCACCCAAUUCUGAUCCGCACUUUAUCAAUACAGACGGUUACAUGCCUAAAGCCAACCUGCUCGUCCCCAUUGAACACGAAGCAGAGUACUAUGAGUCGGAAGUCAACUAUAACUUGUCAUCCGCCCAGCCAUGUCACACAUACCCUGGCACCAUCUCAGAUGCUCAAACGAAAAUCGCCAACGGACUAAACGACGGUUGUCUCGUUUAGCUAUCUGCCCAUUACCAUCGUUUUCGUCGGGUCCAAAAUUUCUUUUUUGACGUGUAUACGUAUAUUUUUAAGAAAUUACGAAAAUUCGAAAUACUAUCACCGGCAUAUAUUAAAAUAAUCGUUG